CACAUAUACAGUUUGGGCUGUCCCUCUAUCUCUGUGCCUCAGUUUCUCUCUCCUCCAAAUACUCUCCAAUCUCCAUUAUCUAGAAUUCAACUUCUACUCCAUAGAUAUUUCCGUCACAUACCUAACAAUUGCAAUUACAAGAGGGGUGAGGAUUUUUGUUAGACAUGGCGGUUGUGACUAGAAGCUGCAAGGUCGAUAUUUGGUAACUUAGAGCUCGUCAGAAGAGGUUCAUUUGGCGACGUCUACAAAGGGUAUGAAACUAACAAUUGCGAUCUCCCGUUCAUAGACCUAACAAUUGCAAUUACAUAUCUACAGAGAUAUACCAGGAGCAUGUGAAGAGGUAGCCGGCGAGAUAUGCGAGGAGGUAGCGUCGACUACUCAUUUGAUUUUUAUCCGCUGAAACGGUAGGAGGCUCGUUGAUAAUGGUGAAUUGGUGAUUAGAGAACUAGGAAUAUGAUGGUGAUUGGUGAACAUGCCCAGUAAUUAUUAUUAUUUUGAUUUGAAUAUUUUUAGAUGAACAAUAGUAAUUUAAGUGGGGAUGUUGAUAGUUAAAGAACACCAGAGAUAAAAUGGGUAUUAGAUUCAGAUGUAACAUUGAAGGAAGGAAGGAAUACGAAGAAGAUGAAGUAUUUUUUCAGUACGAAAAAACAACUGGUUUAAAAUUAGUUUUGAAAAAGUUAGAAAGCAAAACAGUAAUCAGUUCCCCGUUUUGUAAAAACUAAAAACUCAAAACAUAAAAUGAUACCGAACAUACCCUCAGUUAGCGGUUUUGUACUGGUUUUUUUUUUGAAAAAUAAAUCGGGUUUUUUUUACUGACGUAGACGAUAUGGUGAGAAUUAAGUUAAAAAGUGACGUAUUUUGAGAAUUUAACGUUUUUUAAGCAAUAUUGAAGAAAAUCGCUCAUUUACGAGAAGAUAGUUAUUUUGUGCAUUUUGUUAAACGUAAGUAUUGUCAAAUUAGUUGAGUUCCCAGAGGUUUAGAUUAUUGAUCCAACUCCUCGUCGGAAAACACCAUCAAACUCGUAACACCCUCAGUCCCUCACUACUCCAUCUUUCUCCUCUCUCACGUCCACCAUAACCACAAUAUUUCAUUUAUUCACUGGCGCAAAACCAAUAGGUGCCGUCGCCAUUCCUUCACUCGCCGGAGUUGGCCGCCAUAGCAGAGCUAGCCGCCUAGCUGCCGUUCAUUCUUUCGUACAAGGUUGACGCAAUUCGCGACGUUCCUCCAUCCAACGGAGGCGAUACAGAACUACUCAUCGCCGGUAACUAAUUCGGUAUUUAAUAUAGAGGGGGACUCUUGUGUUAAUGGCUCAAAUUCCUAAUUUAGAUAAUGCUCCCAUUAAUCUAGCUUCUCUCAGAGAGCAAUCGCAGAAAGAGCUGUUAACUAUCCUUAAAAAUAUUCGUGGGAAAAAAUGUCUCGUUAUUGAUCCGAAGCUCAGUGGUUCUCUCUCACUUAUUGUACAGACUGCACUUCUUAAGGAACAUGGGGUAGAAUUGCGACAUUUGUCAGCUGAACCACUACAAACUGAAUGUACAAAAUUAGUGUACCUUGUGUCUGAUCAACUUGCAACGACGCGACAUAUAUCCUUGCAUAUUCAUGACAACACAUCAAAGGGAUUACAAAAGGAGUAUUAUCUUUACUUUGUUCCUCGACGUUCUGUAGCAUGCGAGCAGAUACUGAAAGAGGAAAAGGUACAUGAUUUAUUUACGAUUGGAGAAUAUCCAUUAUACAUGGUUCCACUUGAUGAGGAUGUGAUAUCUUUUGAACUUGACUUUGCAUACAAGGAGUGCCUAGUUGAUGCUGAUACAAGCUCUCUUUGGCAUAUUGCAAAAGCCAUUCACAGGCUUGAGUUUUCAUUCGGUUUGAUACCAAAUGUGAGGGCAAAAGGCAAGGCUUCGCUUGAUGUUGCAGAGAUUUUGGACAGGAUGCAGACGGAAGAGCCAGUCAACAUAGAUAACGUGUUACCGGAUAUAAAUACACUGAUCUUGCUAGAUAGAGAGGUGGACAUGAUAACUCCUAUGUGUACUCAGUUAACUUAUGAAGGCCUGUUGGACGAGUUGCUACACGUGAAUGAUGGGGCUGUGGAGCUGGAUGCAUCUAUUAUGGGUGCCCAGCAGGAAGGGAAAAAGGUCAAAGUACCUCUAAAUUCAAGUGACAAGCUUUUAAAGGAGACUCGGGACCUCAAUUUUGAAGUUGUUGUCCAGGUCUUACGCCAAAAGGCAACAUCCAUGAAGCAAGACUAUACUGACAUAACAACGAAUAAUCAAACAGUAUCUGAACUGAAGGACUUCGUCAAAAAGCUUAACUCCUUGCCAGAGAUGACUAGGCACAUAAAUCUUGCUCAGCAUUUGUCCACAUUGACAUCUAAGCCAUCAUUUCUUGGGCGUCUCGACAUGGAACAUACUAUUGUGGAAUCUGAGAGCUAUGACAUAUCUUUUGAGUAUAUUGAAGAAAUGAUUCACAAGCAGGAACCUCUUGCCAGUGUUCUUCGGCUUCUCAUCUUGUUUUCAGUUACAAAUUCUGGAUUACCCAAGAGAAAUUAUGACUAUUUGAGGAGAGAGAUACUUCACAGCUAUGGGUUUGAGCACAUGGCCACACUGAAUAAUCUGGAAAAGGCAGGGUUUUUCAGAAAACAGGAAAUGAGAAGCAACUGGUUGACCGUCAAACGAGCUCUGCGUCUUGUGGUUGAAGAUACUGAUACAGCCAACCCCAACGAUAUUUCUUAUGUCUUCUCUGGAUAUGCACCACUUAGUGUACGUCUGAUACAGCAAGCCAUUAGAUCUGGAUGGCGUCCCAUUGAAGAAAUAUUAAAGCUACUACCUGGACCACACUUUGAAACCAAAAGAGGGGGACUAUCAAGGGCCUCGUCAUUGGAGUCACUGACAGGAGGAUCAGCUAAUGUUGACAAAGCGGCUUCUGGUAGACGCUCUGUAGUACUGGUUGUCUUCAUAGGUGGGGUGACAUUUGCUGAGAUAUCUGCUCUCCGCUUCCUCAGUUCUCAGGAACUCAUGGAAUAUGACAUAAUCAUCGCUACAACAAAAGUAGUCAAUGGCCAGACACUACUAGAUCCAUUUGUGGAAAAGCUGUCAUGAGAUGUCCUCUGCUGUGAUGACUGAUGAGGCAGGCAGAGAUGCAUUCAUUGAGAUCACUUCUUUGUUGUGAUGAUUCACUAGUUUGUUUUUCCUGUUCCGAAAAUUUUGUUGAUUCUGUAAAUGAUAGUGAUUCAAAAAUACAAAACAGAUUUUAUAUCACUUUGAAUGUGAGAACAGAGUUUUUGUUCAAUUGGCAGCUGCAUCAAAUUUUAAUUGCCAGUAUAUGAGCGAGCCAUGUUUAUCAGCGAGAAGUUGGAUCAUCACCAUGAUUUUUAGAAGAAUACUCCAGGUUUUGUUUGAUAAACUGUAUUCAUACUAACACUUCUCCCAAUCGACAAGGAUUACAGUUCUAGGCAGUGGGAAUGAGAUAAGAGUAAUCGGAAAAUUUAUCUGCUUUA